CAUGCAGCCUUGGCCCCCGCGGUCGCGGAGCCCCAGGGACCUGCCGGCGCAGGAGGAAACGGCCCCAUUGGCCGGCGCCAGCGUGCAUGAGGCCUGGAGUGCUGGAGAGGCGGCGGGGGAGGAGCCAACAGGAGCCCCGCGGGCCAGCCCACAGACCCGGGCCCGAACCCCUUGCUGGACUCCGAGAGCACUGCGGCCCCCAGACCUGGCCGCUGAGCUGACUUGGGGAACCCCGGGAACCCCAGCUCCCGUCGCCCCGCAGAGGGCCUGGGAGGUCAGGCCGGCCAGGGUGACGCUGCUCGAGCCCUGGGAUCCCAACUACCAGGUGACGUGGGGGCCUGGAUGCUCGUCGGGCGCCUCCUUCUCCAGCCGCACCCUGUACCACCCCUCCUUCUGGCCCCUGUACCAGGCGGCGGCCGGCCCGGCCCAGCAGAGUGAGGUCGGCGCCCCCGAGGGGGUCCCCGUGCUCUGCUGCGAAGACAUCUUCCUGUUGGACCCGCUGCUGCCCCGAGGGCAGCGCGUCCCCCUGUACCUGUCGGAGCCCCCGGGGCAGCAGGUCAAGGGCUCAGGGAAGCUGCUGCUGCCGCCCCCCAUCAUGGCCCCUUGGGUCCUGCCCAGCCGCCCGCGGGGCUGCCCCGGGGCCUGGCUCAGCGGGGCCGAGCUCAUUGCCCUCACCGGCCUCCUGCAGAUGAGCCAGGGGCCACCCAGACCCGCCCCGGACCCCUCCGAGGACACCCCCAGUCCCAGUGGCGGCCAGAGCUGCGCUCGGGGCGCCGCCCCAUCCCUGCCCCCUGCCCCCUAGCCCCUGCCCUUGGCAAGUUUGGUUUCUGUGGACAAUAAAACUUCCUGUUGGUUUGCAAACUGGC